UUAGAACAUAGGACAUGAUGGAUAAUUCCUCAUGUUCUGAAUAUUGGCCUGAGAUUGAAACUGAGACUCAUUUUCAUCAUUUCCAAGAAGUUGCUGCUUCACCUUUUCUACUUCCAUUGGUUCCAAAUUCUUGUGAUGAUACCUCCUUUCAACUUUAUGAAAACCCUUGUUAUUGGUCUCAACAGUUUGAAGAAGAUACAAGUGCAAGUGCUUCUAGGAGCCAUAGUGAAGCUGAGAAAAGACGCAGAGACAGAAUUAAUGCUCAGCUUUCCACUCUUAGAAAACUCAUUCCCAUGUCUGAAAAGAUGGAUAAGGCAGCUCUACUUAGAAGUGUAGUUGAGCACGUUAAAGAUUUAAAAGAAAGAGCAAAGGAAAUCAGCAAGGUAGUGAACACUCCAACUGACAUUGAUGAAGUAAUAAUUGAGCAUUUAGAUGAGGAUGAAAAUUCCAGCAAUAGUAUAAUUCUCAAGGUUUGUCUAAGCUGUGAUGAUCGACCUGAAUUGUUCUCAGAGCUAAACAGGGCACUUAAGAACCUCAAACUAACAACUGAGGAGGCUAAUAUAACUAGUUUGGGCGUCAGAAUUAAGUGCGUUUUCGUGCUUAAGUCCGUUAAUGGUGUUUGCUUGAAUUCACUUAAACAGUCUCUUAGAGUGGUGCUUAGUAGAAUUGCUAUUUCCCUUUCUACAUCCAAUUAUCGCAUCAAAAGUAAGAGGCAGAGAUUCUUUUUGCCUGCUAAUUUUGCUUAAUUCUUUUAUUUUAUCCUGGUCUUAUAUAUUGAGCUUUCGAAAUGAGUGCUUGCUGGAGUAGCUCAACGAGGUGCGGGUUUAAUUCCUGCUAUGCCUCAUCCAAGUAGGUGUCUGUGCCACUGGACCAGCUAAACUUGUUUUGAUCUAGUGUGCGUCCGUGCAGUACUCCUGUGUUGAUUGGACUCGCUCAGCAGGUCUCUGUUUAUUUUUUAUUUUUUUUUAACAGGUCUUUUUAUUUAAAUUUGUUGCCAGUUUUCAUAGUCCCUGGUUCAAUAUGGUAUUUGUCUGAGAAAGUAUAUAUCAUGUCCUUGAAUCUUAAUAGCCAAGUGAAUCAUCUUGUUUUUUACCUGAGUAUUCUAUAUAAUAGUAGUUGCAGUAUCCCAGUUUCCAGUUUCCACCACAUAUGUGUUUUAA